AUCCUUUAUCUGUCAGUCAAACGAGUCCGCGUUUCGUAGCGGAGGGUUUCUUGCCGCUUUCGCUUGUUUAAUAAAAUAAUUUCUAAAUGUGCUCAUAAAUAGAUGAAAUAUUAAUUUGGUGUGAAUUAAUUUGUUUUCAACAUGUUGGUUCUGUUUGAAACCCCGGCGGGCUACGCUAUUUUCAAGCUGUUGGACGAGUCUAAAUUGUCAGAAAUCAAUGAUUUGUACCAGGAAUUCAACACCCCUGAGGGAGCAUCAGCAGUUGUCAAACUGAAGAACUUCAUCAAGUUCGAAGACACAACAGAGGCUCUAGCUGCCACUACAGCUGCUAUUGAAGGCAAAAUUUCAAAGCCGUUAAAGAAAGCCUUAAAGAAAUAUGUCUCUAAGGAUAUCCAAGAUCAAUUACUGGUCGGAGAUGCAAAACUAGGCAGUGCCAUUAAGGAGAAGUUUGAUUUACAAUGUGUUGCCAACUCAAAUGUCCAAGAAUUGCUGAGAUGCAUUCGCUCACAGAUGGACAGUCUGCUUGCCGGGCUGCCAAAGAAAGAAAUGACAGCCAUGGCACUCGGUUUAGCCCAUUCCUUAUCCCGUUACAAGCUUAAGUUUUCUCCCGACAAGAUUGACACCAUGAUUGUGCAAGCUCAGUGCCUCCUCGAUGACCUUGACAAGGAACUCAAUAACUACAUCAUGAGAUGUCGGGAAUGGUACGGCUGGCAUUUCCCCGAGCUCGGCAAAAUCAUCACUGACAACACACUCUUUGUCAAAGUUGUAAAACUUAUCGGCACCCGUGACAACGCUUCUAAAACUGAUCUGUCAGAUAUCUUACCUGAGGAUUUAGAGGAGAAGGUUAAGGAGGCUGCAGAGAUAUCCAUGGGCACAGAGAUCUCCGAUGAUGAUAUUUUGAAUAUUCAGAAUCUCUGCGAUGAGAUCAUUUCUAUCACUGAUUACAGGACACAUCUGACUGACUAUUUGAAAGCCCGUAUGAUGGCCAUGGCACCUAACUUAACAGUUUUAAUCGGAGAGCAUAUCGGAGCACGCCUUAUUGCUCACGCAGGCUCAUUAAUGAACCUAGCCAAACAACCAGCUUCAACAGUACAGAUCUUCGGUGCCGAAAAGGCCUUAUUCAGAGCUUUAAAAACUAAAAAAGACACUCCGAAAUACGGUCUAAUUUACCAUGCUCAGCUAGUUGGUCAAUGUAGUACUAAGAACAAGGGAAAGAUGUCUCGUAUGCUGGCAGCGAAGGCAGCUUUGGCGACCAGAAUGGAUGCGUUUGGAGAAGAUGUGUCAUUCGAGUUAGGGGCGGAGCACAAGGUGAAGUUGGAGAAUAAGCUGCGGUUGUUGGAAGAGGGCAACUUGAGAAGAAUCAGCGGGACAGGCAAAGCUAAGGCCAAGUUUGAGAAAUAUCACAGCAAAUCUGAGGUGUUCCAAUACCCGGUGGCGGCGGACAGCACCCUGGAAAAGAAGCCAGUGAAGAGGGAACACUCUCCGGAACCAGAGACCUCCACGAAGAAGAUCAAGUUAGAGGAUGGGGCCAAUGAUGUCACACCAAAGAAGAUCAAAAUAGAGAAAAUCAGAGAAGAGCCCGCCGAAGAGCCAGCCGAGCCCACAUCGGAGAAGAAAAAGAAGAAAAAAAAGAAAUCCCUAGACGCUUCUCAGGCGGACACGACCGUGGAGAAUGAUGAGGUGGACGCUCCCACACCCAAGAGUGAGAAGAAGAAGAAAAAGAAGAAGAGUAUCACAGAGGAAUAGGUAGCUCUGUAGGGUAUAAUGAAAUGAGGGCUUGAGCGCGCUCCGUACAGAUUUUUUUGCUAACUAUGUGAUUAUUAAUUGGCCGCCAUAGGAAGAAGUAUGCGUAGUUUAUUUAGUGACUAGUGUACCUAUCACCAGUUUGGCACUGACAUAAAUUUUAUCGAGAACGUGACUUACUUUCUAUGCAUCUCGCUCGCACUAAUAUGCGAGUACGAGCGAGAUGUAUUGAAAGUAAAUUACGUAGACGUUAGCGUAUAUGUCAGUCUUGGCACUGUCCCCGACUCCUGAUACGUAUAAGUGAUAUAAUUUCAUUAUUUUUUAACUUGUCAGACGUUUCGGCAGGGUUGUACCAGCUGUUGUCACGGAUGAGUGACGACCCGACCACAUAUCUCUGCCCCAAUAUUACAGGGUUCUAUGUUACAUUUUAAAUAUAGUUGAAAUUCGACUUAAUGUCACUAUGACAAUGUUCACAGUUCGAUAAAAGUGAAACAGGGUUCUACCCUGUAAUAUUGGGGCAGCGAUAUGUGUCCAAACGUGAGAGUUUAAAGUGUUUUAAUAUGUAAUUCGUAACAUUAUUACUAACUGUAUAUUGAAAAGGUAGUUGAAAAUUUGUAUGAAACGCGCCUAAGAAACAAUUCAAAAUAACGCAUUUUUAUUACGGGUUCAUACUGCCCCGGUAUGGCAGACUGUAUUAUCAUACUAAAUAGACUCAAUGUUAGCUCAAGUUUCCUAUAGGUAAUGUUAAUUUUCUGACACUUUUAUGUAAAGAAAUCUUAGCAAUUACGUUUAUGUAACGAGAAAGGACUUAAGGCCUGUGCACACUGGAUGCGUGUGCGUAGAUGUGCCUUAAGACCAAAAGGUGCCCUUAACUACCAAAGUUAGACCAAGACAAGUCUGCAGCGAUUUUGAUAUCACACGCAGUGCAAGUGUUAUUUAUACGUCAUAAUUUCAUAAAAGUUUGACGUUUAAAAUAACACUUGCACUGCGUGUGCCAUCAAAAGCGCUGCAGACUUUUCUUGGUCUAACUCUACAUGAAGGAAGACUAUUUUUCUGUAAUGACCCGUUUAUAAUAUGCCAUAGAUAAUAUGUUAGCUGUGUAUUUCCGUUGGAUGUAAGUGCAAAUUACAUUGUUAAGUUGGUAAUGCCUCACAGAAGUGAGUUUAUAGAAAUAUAAAUUUUACUUUAUUA